CUCUCUCUCUCUCUCUCUCUCUCUCUCUCUCCCUCCUCUAGGCUCGCGCGUGCCGGACCGGGGAUCGCGCAGGCGAGCAAGCAGCCGGGGGUGACGGCCCGGCACGUCCGCCCGGAGCCGAGCCCAGCUGAGCCGGGGGACGCCUCGAGGAGGAAGCGCGGGCGGGUCCAGCCCCGGAUCGCUCAGCCGAGCCUGUGCCUGCGCCCAAGCCGCAGAGGACCCCUGAACUGGAGCGACCCCAGGAGCGCCGGGCUGAUGGCUUCCUCCGCCCCUUCGUCCGCAGCCUCCUCGAACGCGGGAGCCGAUCCUAAUAGUACCAACCUGCGCCCCACAACGUAUGACACUUGGUGUGGCGUAGCCCACGGAUGCACCCGAAAACUGGGCCUGAAGAUCUGCGGCUUCUUGCAAAGGACCAACAGCCUGGAAGAGAAGAGCCGUCUAGUGAGCGCCUUCAGGGAGAGGCAGUCCUCCAAGAACCUGCUGUCCUGUGAAAACAGCGACUCCAGCGCCCGCUUCAGGCGCACAGAGACCGACUUCUCCAACCUCUUUGCUCAAGAUCUGCUCCCAGCUAAGAACGGAGAGGAGCAAACUGUGCAGUUCCUGCUGGAGGUGGUGGACAUACUUCUCAACUAUGUCCGCAAGACGUUUGAUCGCUCCACCAAGGUGCUGGACUUCCACCACCCACACCAGUUACUGGAAGGCAUGGAGGGCUUUAACCUGGAGCUGUCGGACCACCCCGAGUCUCUAGAGCAGAUCCUGGUUGACUGUAGAGACACCCUGAAGUAUGGGGUCCGGACAGGUCACCCUCGAUUCUUCAACCAGCUUUCUACUGGUUUGGACAUCAUUGGUUUAGCCGGCGAAUGGCUGACAUCAACCGCCAACACCAAUAUGUUCACGUAUGAAAUUGCACCCGUGUUUGUUCUCAUGGAACAGAUAACACUGAAGAAGAUGAGGGAGAUCGUUGGAUGGUCAAGUAAAGAUGGCGAUGGGAUAUUUUCUCCCGGAGGAGCCAUAUCCAACAUGUACAGCAUCAUGGCGGCUCGCUACAAAUACUUCCCGGAAGUUAAGACCAAGGGCAUGGCGGCCGUGCCCAAACUGGUUCUCUUCACCUCGGAACAUAGUCACUAUUCCAUAAAGAAAGCAGGGGCUGCGCUUGGCUUUGGAACCGACAACGUGAUCCUGAUAAAGUGCAAUGAAAGGGGGAAGAUAAUUCCGGCUGAUUUAGAGGCAAAAAUUAUUGAAGCAAAGCAAAAGGGCUAUGUUCCUCUCUACGUCAACGCAACUGCAGGCACAACUGUUUAUGGAGCUUUUGAUCCGAUACAGGAGAUUGCAGACAUAUGUGAGAAAUACAACCUCUGGCUGCAUGUCGAUGCUGCCUGGGGUGGUGGGCUGCUCAUGUCCCGGAAGCACCGCCACAAACUCAGCGGCAUAGAAAGGGCCAAUUCAGUCACCUGGAACCCUCACAAAAUGAUGGGUGUGCUGCUUCAGUGCUCAGCCAUUCUGGUCAAGGAAAAGGGCAUACUCCAAGGAUGCAACCAGAUGUGUGCAGGCUACCUCUUCCAGCCUGACAAGCAGUAUGACGUCUCCUAUGACACCGGGGACAAGGCGAUCCAGUGUGGCCGCCACGUGGACAUCUUCAAGUUCUGGCUGAUGUGGAAAGCAAAGGGCACUGUGGGAUUUGAAAACCAGAUCAACAAAUGCCUGGAGCUGGCUGAAUACCUCUAUGCCAAGAUUAAAACCAGAGAAGAAUUUGAGAUGGUUUUCGAUGGUGAGCCUGAGCACACAAACGUCUGUUUCUGGUAUAUUCCACAAAGUCUCCGAGGGGUUCCAGAUAGCCCUGAGCGACGGGAAAAGCUACACAGGGUGGCUCCCAAGAUCAAAGCCCUGAUGAUGGAGUCGGGCACAACCAUGGUUGGCUACCAGCCUCAAGGCGACAAGGCCAACUUCUUCCGGAUGGUCAUCUCCAAUCCAGCCGCCACCCAGUCUGACAUCGAUUUCCUUAUCGAGGAGAUAGAAAGGCUGGGCCAGGAUCUGUAAUCCCCGCUUGGAGAAACAGAAUCACCAACCUCUUUCCUGUCCGGUACCCUGGAACACAGCUCUGUCGGUAGCUGGCACGCCUAGGCCAUCUCAUUGAAGGGAAUUGUAACCUCUUGAAGAAUAUUUGUCACAACCUCACGUAAGCUUGUUCGUUAGAGUUAGCAGGAAAUAAUGUUCUUUUAAAAAAAUUGCACAUUAGAAACACAGUAUAUAUGUACAGAUAUAUAUAUAUAUACCUCUCUCUAUGUACAUGUAUAUACAUGUAUGUAUAGCGAGUGUGGCUUAGUCCUAGACCACAGCAUGUCGCCUGUCCCCAGAGAACCAGCCUCACCUCCAGCAGUUCCUGAGAGGCUAAACAGCUCGCCAGCAGCCACGGGGCAGAUGACGCCCUCACUGCCGUGUCCUAGGGACCCAGGGAAAUGGUGCUGGUGGGAGCUUACCUCCCUGCCAGAGCCGUUCCCACCUGAAGGCAUGAAGGAUGACAGAAACCACCAGCAGAUGAUGGGCGUCACCCCCUCCCUCUUAGCACCCCGCUAGGGGAAACAGUAGCACAGUCUUUGUCACUAUUGUGCUGUUGCUGUGUCUUUAGAGAUUAAUUUGUGUAGACUGUGUAUAUUAAUUAGCGUCGUCUGUCUUUGGGCAGGGGGAGGUACAUAUGAUGAUUUAAUUGUACGUCAGUGAAAUAUCUGCUUAUUAUAUUCAUGUUAUAAUACAUAUAUAUAUACUAUGUUAAAGAGGCAUCUUGUAUUUUCUUCCCAUUUGUAAUGUAUCAUAUUUAUAUAUCAAUGAAGUAAGUUCUGAAUACUGUUUAUGGUAUUUUCGUGCAUUUGUGAGCCAAAGAGAAAAGAUGAAAAGUAGUGAGAAUCGCAUUUCUAUUAGAGUGCCCUUAACAUAUGGUUUAAACAUACGUGUACUGUCUGGAAAAGAAUCCUGACCCUGUACAUAGAGCCAUGUACAUGGAAAUCCUGCUUCGUAGCCUCCUCUCUUCGCCUGUCUGGCUGUACGUCAGGUGUUCUCUAUGCUUUUCUAGUGACCGUUGAAUAAUAACUAGAUCUCCCAUAAUUUUGUAGUAGUACAUGACCAAUCUCUGUGACUCGCUUUGCUGAAACCUAAGGCAACGUUUCCGAAGACCUCCGACACACUGACCAGUCCCACAAGUGUUUUUGAAGAACUGAAACCCACACUGUGCAUUCUAGAGUAUGCAAGAAAAUAUUAAAUAAAAUAAAAAAUAUUCUCUGUGAAGAA